GUUGUUUGCAGUAUGCCCGAGCCCGCCAAGUCGGCUCCGGCCCCGAAGAAGGGCUCCAAGAAGGCGGUGACCAAGGCGCAGAAGAAGGACGGCAAGAAGCGCAAGCGCAGCCGCAAGGAGAGCUACUCGGUGUACGUGUACAAGGUGCUGAAGCAGGUGCACCCCGACACCGGCAUCUCGUCCAAGGCCAUGGGCAUCAUGAACUCGUUCGUCAACGACAUCUUCGAGCGCAUCGCGGGCGAGGCGUCCCGCCUGGCGCAUUACAACAAGCGCUCGACCAUCACGUCCCGGGAGAUCCAGACGGCCGUGCGCCUGCUGCUGCCCGGGGAGCUGGCCAAGCACGCCGUGUCCGAGGGCACCAAGGCCGUCACCAAGUACACCAGCGCCAAGUAAACUUGCCAAAUGCUGCCCAAUUCGUGAAGCAUUUAAUGAAGUCAAUUAGAUCUUCAAAUUUACUUGGUUGAAUUUUUUUAACAGGUUAUUGGCUCAUACGGUCUAUUUUGCUUGCCUACUUGGGUGUUUUAGAUCUGAUGAAAUUUGGUACUGAAUGCUGCAAUCACCGUGAACAUGUGUCUUCGUGCCAUUUGAUCAAAUAGCUCUUCGGAAUAAACCCAUAGAGGUUCAUCUUAACCAAAAAAAAUUUUUUUAAGAUUUUAUUUGACAGCGAGAGACCAGCUGAUCUCUUAGCUCAGGCAACAGACCCGAAGGGCGGAGUAUCCCGUGAUGGAAAGUGGAACUACCCUCAAGCAUUAACCACCACCGAGACCAGUCUGAACUUAGCCCAACUCCGCAGGUGGGCCACGGAGCGACCCACGCAGUGACUUGACAGUCACCUGUACCUAAUUAUCAUACUGAAAUCUGCCCAAGGAGGGGUGCAGGGCUCGUUUCCGUAACACGCAAUGUGCGUCUAGGCAUGUUUACGGUGCAUGUGCAAUCUUAUGCCACCUCUACAUUCAACGAGGAGGCCCGUCUUCCCAAAUACUCAUCCUAACCCUAAAUAAAAGGAACCCAUUCCCCCUUGCCUGGGGAGUCAUGGCUUUGGAAGUUAUCCCCCCGACCUCCUUAUUUGCUGCAGAUAAACUUUCCUUUGUGCGACAACUCACCUGGUGCAGUUUUUACUUGAGAGAGAAGAGGGAGGGAAGAGCAGAAGGAGAGGGGCAAGUGUGACCCGUGCUGAGCGCCCAGCCCAGGGCCGGCUCGAUCCCACGAUCCACGAUCCACGAUCCACGAUCCACGACAGGAGACCAUGGCCUGAGCCGAAACCCAGAGCCAGGUGCUUAACCGACGGAGCCACCUGGGGCCAUUGCUGUCUGUGACUCCCCAAGAAGUGAACUCACACAUGAGUUCCGUUACAACGAUAGAGGUUUUGAGUGUGUAUUCCGUUUGCUUUCAGAUGUUAUUCCACAUGAGAGAAAUCCAGGGCUCCUGUUUCCCUUUGGUUUGGGUUGCAGCCCGCAAAUUAGUGAUGAGGGAGCAGAAGGCUCGCUGAGGACGAAGCAGCAGCUGACACCCUACA